CAUCCAAAAGCCAAUGUUGAUUUCUAUCCGACUCUUAUGAGACAAUUUAACAAGACCUUCACCAGGCUUGCUCCAAUCUUCAGCAUGUCACCUGGAUGCAGAAGAAAAUUCCGUGAUAUCAACUGUGAACUGUUGCGUGGCUCGAUCUGUUCGAUGAUGUUUCGAAUAUAUACUACAACUCAGCAACAGUGCGGCAAUACAAUGAGGAACUG